AAAUCUAGUCCCCCACCAAUAAGAACGAGUUUUACAGAUUGUUUGUUUAUGUCCUGAUGGUCCAGCUGACCUGGCCGGGCGAGGAUGACUGACUGUUAACCCCCAUUACUCUGUUAACACUAAGGAAGGACUCUUGCAGACAUGUCUCUUGAACAAACAGCUUGUGAAGAUCUAAAAGCAUUUGAGCGAAGGUUAACAGAGGUAAUUGCUCGACUGCAGCCAGCAACAACACGAUGGAGAAUGAUAUUGGUGUUUGUGGCAGCUAGCACAGCUCUUGGGGCAUACCUCUGGCUCACAGACCCCAUAACACAGGAUGCAUCUUUCGUCCAAUCUCUUCUUAAUCACCUCUUCUUUACAUUUGCUGCAUCUGCUUUAAUUCUACUGUUUAUAAUGGGAAUUCACAGAAAAGUGGUGUCUCCCUCGAUAAUCACAUCCCGAACCCGAGCGGUUCUGGUGGAUUUCAACAUGUCUUGCGAUGACACCGGCAAACUUAUCUUAAAACCACGACCAACGACGACCUGAAAAUACUUGUUUUAGGAUAUAAGGCUACAAGAUUAUUUGUAUUUAUAUUCUGAUAGAAUAUAUAGCUGCGACUGUUUAAUAGUGGCUUCACAAACAUACCUGCAACUACUUUAACAGAUCUUGCACCAGUUUGAUAUAAAGGAUAAAACUGCAACAAAUUGCAUGUCUUCAUUUUAAAAGUUGACACAUUCUUUUAUAAGCUGUUUUCUUGAGGUAAAUACUGUACUCUAUACGGUAUGUAAUUUUCAAUUUGCAGAAUGAAUUAGACAGUUGCAUAUUUUAAGCACAAUAAUCUCCAUUACAUAUUACUUUGAAAGGCAUUACAGUACACUUCAACUGGAAACACUACUGUAUGUUCAACAGUAUGAUAGUUAUCCCAGAAGUAUUCAGUUGUUUCUCUAAAUAGUGUGUUCCUCCACGAGCUGUAAGUAGCCAAGUAAUGCCCUUCAUGCCGUUCUAUGUUUGGUGCUGGGGAGGAUCCAAGUCUUUGCAGAUUGUAAUUUAUUAUUAAUUUUAGGUAGCUUUGAUAUGAAUGGAAUUUUAAUUUUAUAGUACGUACUUCAUUUAUGUCGUCUGCAGCAAUGGUACAUUGGAUUUAUGCUCAUGAAUCCUCCAAAAAUGUUUUUGUUGUAGAUUUAAAGGAAUUAUUAGACAAAAUGUUUUGCAAGUCUUACUUACAAAACCUACCUUAGCACUUUUUAUUUUUUUUUGUGAACAUUAAAGAACUGUAUUACAUGUGAAAUACAGUACUGUCUACUCAAAAUUCUUUAUGUCAAGACUUUAUACAAGCAGAUCCAGAUACACAACUGUAAAAAGGCUCUCUGAUGUGUAAGUGCAGGUUGCCAGACACGUUUUUGCUGUGAAUACUCUGAUUUUAGUGUAAGGAUUUUUUUUGCUUGAUAAUGAAAGGUUUUACUCAGUAC